AUGAGAUUAUUUAAGCCCACCGAAUUGAAGCAAUGUACGAAUCAACCAGACUUGGUGACUGUUCUUUAUGAUCCCGAAAGACGACGAUAUAGGCUUCAUAUAAACGAAUAUUUACCAGAGUUGAUUUCUAAUAUAUCGAGCUAUGGCUGUACCUACAUUGAGAUAGGUCGUGGACAGAAUGAUUCUGUUGUUUGGACAUCGCAGUCCAUUUAUUUUGAACAGGAUUGGUUGGUGCCGCGACACAUUCAAGGCAUUAUUGUAGAGUGUCACGAGCUGGGCAACAAAUCCCGAGUACUACAACGCGAUGCCUUCGCCUUUAUUCAGCAUCCACUAGAUCGCAACGAUAGGAUCGAUGAGGAACGAAGUCGAACCCAUCCAAAUGUUAUAUUGUUGGGCAUUGAUGCCAUGUCGCAGGUGAACUUCCAAAGAACUAUGCCACUCACAGCCAAGUUUGUACGCCAGCCAGGAUGGUUCGAGAUGCUUGGCUAUAACAAAGUCGGGGAUAAUACAUUGCCUAAUCUUCUAGCACUAUUGACGGGUCGCACAGCAAAACAAUGGAAGUAUUACUGCGAUGUGAGGAGACCCGGCUGUCUGGAUGCAUAUACCUAUAUCUGGAAUCAUUACCACAGUGCUGGUUAUUUGACGGCCUAUGCCGAAGACUUGAGCUCCAUUGAUACCUUUCACUAUUUUCUUCACGGCUUCGAGCGACAACCUGUAGAUUAUUAUCUACGUCCAUUUCUACAGGCGAUCGAACAGCUAAUGGAUAAAGUGGAGCAUCUAGGAUACGAUUAUUGCGUGGGUCGCAGGCAAAGUUAUCGAUAUGUUCUCGAUUAUUGUCAGCAGAUGGUGCAACGUUUUGUUAAGGAGACACCAAAGCCACUUUUUGGCCUGUUCUGGAUGAAUAGUUUCAGUCAUGAUGAUUUUUCUGGUCCGGCCAGUGUAGAUAGAGAUUUUGUGAGUUAUCUGGAGCGAUACAAGACACUUGGUUUGUUCGAUAGAUCCAUAGUUAUUCUGCUCAGUGAUCAUGGACAGCGUACUGGACCCCUCAUGGACUUGCCCUCAAGUUUUCUGGAGGAACGUUUGCCCAUGCUUCAUAUAUACCUGCCCCCCUGGUAUCGCCGGAAAUACCCAUCAGUUGUCCGUGCUCUGGACUUAAAUCAGAGACAUCUGAGCACCCCCUACGAUUUACAUCUGACAUUCAAGCACUUGCUUCAAUUAUUGCAUCCUCGUUUGACAUUUUUCGAGGGUCCCCACUGCGUUGGCUGUCAAUCCUUGCUGCACAUCCUUCCCGAAAAUCGCAGCUGCGAAGAUGCCUCCAUUCCGGUUCAUUGGUGCUCCUGUGAGCUCUACAAGCAAGUUUCGGUAACCGACAGACUGCAGGAUCUGGCCAGGUUAGUUGUGUAUCGAAUCAAUCAGUAUCUGAUCAAGAUGAAUCAUGAAAAGCAGUGCUAUCAUCUGAAUCUUCGCAAACUCCUGCUGGCCGAGCGUCGACAGUUCUUUAAUGAAAAGGGUCAGGAAGUUUAUUCCCCCAAUGGUUUGGACUCGUAUCGCUUCAAGUUCACCACCAAACCAAAUGGUGGACUAUUUCGUGCCACUUUGUCAUCUAAUCAGGAUGCUAGCUAUGUGAUUAUUCGCGAGGAGCUCAUUUCACGACUCAAUUCCUAUCGCGAGGAUUCUUUUUGUGUUCAGGAUCGCACAUCCAAGAAGUUUUGCGCUUGUCUUAAGAAUCAAGCUCUAUCAUCUGUAUUGGAAAAAUAAUAUUCAAAAACUAUUUAUAAAAUGUGUGAUUUGAAGUCUUCUUUAGGCAAGUUUGUGACCUCAUUACGAUAGGUACUUUUACAACUAUGAUACCAAAUAUAACAUCACUUAUCAAACUCA